AUGAAAAAGGCCAAAAAAGUUUCAUGCAGUCCUCUUAUCUUAAUUCCCACCUGUUAUCACUAUUUACUUGUUGCAUUAUUGGCUGGCAUUGUUUAUUCAAAUACUCUAAGAGCGGACUUUGUGUAUGAUGAUAGAACAAGCUCAACAAAAGGCUGUCAACAAAGAGAGUGA